GGAAAUGUUAGGUGCGAAUACCCUAUCAGCGGUUCCACAAUUCACUUCCAGCACCUUCCUGGUUUCGCUUCUUUGCUGACAAGCGCUGAGACAGUCUGAGAGCUUAUUUGGUCCGACUUGCCAGCUGAUUCAAUUGGAAACAGCGCAGCGCAGGCCAAUCAGAGGAGCAACGGAAGAGCUUGGCACUUGCUGCUGUGUCCUUGAAGCAGUCAGCCUUAUUGCUUGUGAAAGCAUGGGGCAGCCAAAUGGAGAUUCGCAACCGAAAGGGGACGUUCCGGAAGAUGCCCCCGAGCACUGUCCUGGGACUGAGUCCGAGCAGGCUGGCCAGGCUAGCGCCUGUGAGGGGUGCCCCAACCAGCAGAUAUGCGCGACAGCCCCAAAGGGCCCAGAUCCUGAUCUUGCAGCGAUAGAGGAACGGAUGCGGACUGUCAAGCACAAGGUUCUGGUACUGUCUGGAAAGGGUGGGGUGGGGAAGAGCACCUUUGCAGCGCAGCUGUCUUUCGCACUAGCAGAGGCCGACAAGCAGGUCGGCCUGUUGGACAUUGACAUUUGCGGCCCCAGCAUACCCAAGAUGCUGGGGCUGGAGGGCGAGGAGAUUCACCAGAGCAACCUGGGGUGGUCACCAGUGUAUGUUGAAGACAAUCUGGGUGUCAUGUCCAUUGGCUUCAUGCUGCCUGACCCGGACGAGGCGGUCGUUUGGAGGGGCCCCAGGAAGAACGGCCUGAUCAAGCAGUUUCUGAAGGACGUCUACUGGGGCGAUCUGGACUACCUGGUCAUCGACACGCCUCCGGGUACUUCGGACGAGCACAUUUCGAUGGCGCAGUUCCUCAAGGCGACGGGAGUGGACGGAGCGAUUGUGGUCACGACGCCGCAAGAGGUGUCCAUCAUCGACGUUCGGAAAGAAAUCAACUUUUGUAAAAAGGUCGGGAUACGGGUCUUAGGCGUCGUUGAGAACAUGAGCGGCUUCCAACAAAAGCUGGGCGCAUUCACCUUCAGAAAAACCGGGCCGGACGGUCUGGAAGAGGAUGUGACAGAAAAGGUCUUAGCUGAGAUCCGAGCGGUCGCUCCGCACCUAGAAGGUCUGACGGCUUGCACGGAGAUUUUACAUGCGAGUGGUGGGGGCGCUGAAAAGAUGGCCAGAGAUCUGGGCGUUCCGUUUCUCGGUCGGAUACCUCUGGAUGCCACCCUAAGCAGAGCGGCUGAGGAGGGCCGCUCGUGCUUCACGGACUACAAGGAUGCCCCGAGCUCCUUGGCUCUUAAAGCCGUGAUAAAGAAGGUUUUGCAGACCGUCGAACAAGCGUGAAGUAUAUGGAGGGGGACACUUUCGCUGUGCUCCAAUAACGGGCAACUCGAUAAAUGGUACAUAGUAAGUCUCCUUAGAUUUAUAGGUGUGCGUGCUACAACGACUCUAAUAAAAAGCUUUCAGUUUUGCAGAGGCCUUACGUUACAUUGUCAAUCCCAUUGGACGGUCGUCUCUGAUGAUGACCUGCUAUUGGCCACAUCCUUAUGGCGCGCCAUGUUUGUCAUUGGGUCAGGUUGAGGUCAUGAGCGUGGCAUGAGCCAUGAAACUAAGUCAACCAGUAGUUUCCAGAAGCUCGUAAAUUGAACUGUGUGUUUUGAAGCAAACCUAGGUUAAUCCAAUGGGCUCCGCGUACCGUAGGAGCGAGAGAUUGUAUUUUUCGCAUGCGAAAAUGUUGCAGUUACGGG